ACUUGCCUGUCUUGAUUGUGCGAAGACAUGGUGCAGAAGACACACAUCGAGACUUUACUGUGCGUCGACACAAAGUUCUUGAGGCUGUACUAUGGUUAAAGACAAACAAUCCGUUCUUUAAAAAUAUUGAAAUUGAUAGAGAUGUCAUCCAAAGUUUACCAGAAAAUGGUAUUCCUGAUGAGCUAAGGUAUGUCAUUGAUGAAAAUGAGCUUUCAGUUCAUGUUGAAAAUGAGGGGCCUUCCCAAGACCCAGUAAUGAGUGCUAAUGCAAGUGUGGAAGAGUUAGUUUUAGGAAAUGGCACUACAUCGUUUAUUCCUAUGCGUCAAAGACAGAAAAAAGAAGGUGCGGCUAUCCAAGAUGCAGUAAAUGAGGUUGAUCCGUUAGACUGGCCAUCUACUGAAGGUAAUCUCAUUAAUGAAUUUAAAACAGAUGGUUUAGCUACUAUGGCCUUUCCUACAUUGUUUCCUUAUGGGAAGGGUAACCCUACAAAUAGGGCACAACAACAUGGUAUAACAUUAACUGAAGCUUUCAAACAUUUAAUGAAAUUUGCAGAGAGGCUUGCAGAUGGUAAGUUUGAAUGGAGGUUUGCUUCUCACCCACGGUUUCCUUAUUGGACGUUAAAUAUGAAACAACGGCAUCAGCUGUUGUCACAAGCAAAUGUUUACUUGCGUCAACAUCCUGCUGAUGCAAACAUGACAAUGGAAGAACUGAAGCAGAUGGUAAAUUCCAUGAGUUCAAACCAAAUGAUGAAUAGGUUGCAACGCUAUGUGUCCAAAGUACAAGGUACGAAUCAGUAUUGGUAUCAGCGGCUGCAGGAAUUGCUAGCCCUGAUUGAACAAAAAGGCUGCCCUACAUUUCUCUUUACCUUUAGUGCAGCUGACAUGCAUUGGCCAGACUUACUGAGGCUGUUGCAGAAUGAUGAAGGUGCAAGCAGAUCUGAGCGAGCACAAGCUGUAAUCGACAAUCCCCACCUAACUGAUUGGUUCUUUAUGCAGCAGCUGCAGGAGUUUGUCAGACAUUGGCUUAAUGGCAUAUUGGAUGCUAAGUGGCACUGGUAUCGAUUUGAGUACCAAGCUAGGGGAAGUAUUCAUUGCCAUGGAUGUGCAAAGUUAAAAAAUGACCCUGAUAUUAGAAAAUUACGUACUAAGGCACGUGUGUUGCAUUCCUGGAGAGUGAGACAACCAGGUACGAAAUGUCACCUGAUGACUUUGAAUUCCUUUGCCCGGAUGUGAUAAGAAAAAUUAACAUUUACAUAUAUGUUUACUGUAGACCAAGGUAACUGUGCAGAAUCUGUUGUGGGAUAAUUGUUUCAAUAAUAUUAUAAAUUUAUCCUGGCAACAGGCCUUCAAAUGCAUGUGCCGGCAUUGUAAGUUAAAUGCACAAUACUGGAUCCGAAUUAUUAGUCAUAACAUUGAAUUUAAAUAGUCAUAACACUGAAUUUUGCAUUUUUAGAUAUCUCUUACUGUACCUGCUACUGAAUUUACAGUAUUGCAAUAGCAUUUCAAAAUACAGUACCAUGAAAACUAUACAAGGCAUGCUCCCAAAAGUGUGCAGGUCAAAUAUUCAUGUCAACUAAAAAGCGAAUUUUGUAUUGUGCAUGUAUUACCACUGCUGCCUAUUUUGGAUAAAAUUAUUUAAUAAUAUGACUACUACUGUAAAUACUUUAUAAAGGCAGGAUAAACUUCUGUACACAACUUUUGCCUAAAAUUGUCGCAUACAACCUGCUUAUAUAUAUGUAUACAACUUGAGUAAACAAUCUGGGUAAACCAAGCACACAACUAUGGCUAUGACAACGUAAGCAAAUUUAAUAGUGUGAACUUGUGGUACAAGCAGGUUGCACAAGGCAAAAGUUGUGUAGUCUAUUUAAAUCUGCCUUAAUACACUAAAUAUAAUAACACUCACCAAAUAUCCAGCUAAUAAUAUAUGCAGAUAGCCAAUCUCCACAAUUUUGAAAGGUCUUUUGCUCAUAUUUUUGAUUAUUAUGCAUAUUUAAUAUAUUAUAAUACGGUAGUAUUAACUUUAAUUGCUACAUUAAAAUUGAAAAAGUAAUAAUAUUUUACGUGUAAACAAAAUUCCUUAUAAAAUUCCUUAAAAGGUUUCAAUUUUCCUGAAAGGAAUUUUCAAUUUCUUUAUUAAUUUCUGAAGAUUUCAUUGGAAUGUAAGAAAUUACAUAAAUAGAAAGUGGAAAUUUAGCUGUUGGUGAUACAGGUUUCACAGGAAAAUAUUUCACUCAGUCAAUGGUGUAAUUAAAACUAUUUUAUGACUAAUUUGGUAAUAUUUGGCUAAUAGAACGAGCAUGCACAUAUAAUAAUAAGUUAUGAUUAUUUUAAAGGUAUGUUGACUGGCUGGUGACAACUUUUAAUGAGGAAUUGCCUGAUGAGAACAGGAGGAUACCAGAUCCUCACCCAUCUGCUGUUAGGGCUAUAACAGUGGAUAAUCGUGACAAUGAUUAUCACAGGUUAGUUAAUACUGUAGAAAGACACACUAGAUGCAGUCCAGCGUAUUGUUUGAAACAGAAAAGAGUGGACCUGCUUGCAGAAUGCAGAUUUGGUUUUCCAAAGCCAUUACAAAGGUUAAAUUCACACAACAGGGUGAUGCUCGAAAGCUGGCGGGUAAAUGUAGAUUUGCAAGUCAUUGUAGAUGAGAAGGCUUGUGCAAAAUACAUGGCUAAGUAUGCUGCGAAAGGAGAACCCUGAUCGAAAUUGGUGUCUGAAAUACUAAAAUUGUCUGUGUCCUCAUUACAGAAUGAUGAUCAAGUCUCUUCAGCCUUCAAGAAAGCAAUGAUCCAAGUUGCUGGGGAUAGAGAUAUGGUAGCACAAGAAACUGUGCAUAUGUUACUUAGUCUACCACUGGUUGGCUGCACAUUUAGUUUUGUUGCUAUUUCUUUAGAUAACAGCAGGAAGGUUAAUAUUGAUGCAGAAAACGAAGGCGAUGAGGUACUUAAAAAAUCUCAGCUACAAGAAUAUGGAGAGCGUACAAAAUUGAAGAGUAGGUAUACAGGCUUGUCUCAGCUAAAUCUGAUGCAAUAUGUGUCACAGUACACAAAAGUCAAAGGUGAGUUGACAAAACGAGCGAAUCCGUACAUUGUCAGGACAUUUCCAAAGAUUUCCGCUAAUCCUGCUGGUCCUGAUUUUGGAAAAUACUGCAAAUAUCAACUAAUAAACUUUAAACCAUGGGAGGGUCAACCGUCAAAUGCUUGGAACAAUGAGGAUGAAAGUGAUCAAAUGUUUAUUAAUGCAUAUGAAUCUUUUCUUAUGACAGAUGAAUUUGCGGAAGAAAAUGUGUUUAGGUAUUCCGAUGAAAGAGACAGAGUUCAUGAUGCACAAUGUGGUCAAACCUUUGAAAACAAUCCAAGUGACAAUCAAGAUGAUGACGACGAAAGUGAAGUUGACCCUGAGGAGGAAGUCGAUGAUUGGAUGUUGUUAUGCAGAAUUAACCAAGAUUAUGGUGAAGCAGGUAAUCAGAUGCCAGACAAUGAAGCAGUGGAUUGGUUUGAAACGGUAAGAGCUGUGCCUAGAGAUUUGUUAAGGGAAUUUCCAGGAUGGAUCUAUAGUCAGAGAAAGGAGGAUGAAUAA